UUUGAGGCAUUUCAGCUGGUAGACAAAUUUGCUUCCGCAGGGCAAGCCGUGUUCGGGCCAGCAGAUCCGGCACUGGCACAUAUACAGUGACGAUUGCUGCUACCGACGCCCUUGCAAGCAUGACCGCUUCACCCGUCGUCCUUCUCACUGGAGCCUCUAGAGGUCUGGGACUAGCAGUUCUCAAGAUCUUACUUGACAGGCACAAUGCUCGUGUCGCUACCAUCUCUCGGUCCACACCUCCAGAAUUCCAAGCUCUGUUAAAUGCCAAUCGGGACAGAUGUAUACAUGUCAAAGGGGACGUGGGAAAGAUGGAUGAUAACGCAGCUUUGGUCAAGACUGCUGUAGAUAAGUGGGGUCAGUUGGAUGGAGUGAUCAUCUGUGCAGGAAUUAUGUCCUUAGAGCGUAUCGCAGACCUCACCUUGGAGGAUCUAUCAAAUUAUACAGCUAUCAAUCUGUUGUCCAUUCCAUAUCUCGUGAAACCGGCACUUCCAUAUCUUCGGAAAGCCAAGGGCAACAUCGUCCUUGUCUCAUCAGGUGCAUCUACGAAAGGCUAUGCAGCCUGGGGUAUGUACUCUAUGGUCAAGGCGGGCAUGAACAGCUUGGCUAGAACUUUAGGGGCGGAGGAAAAGGAGAACGGGGUUGGAGUCUGGUCCAUCAGACCCGGCAUGGUAGAUACUGGCAUGCAAGAGUACCUCAGGGAGUCUGGCUCUGGAGCAAUGAAUCCCGAAGACCUGACAAAGUUCAUCGGCGCCUUUGAAAGGGGAGAAUUAUUACCUACGGAAAAGCCCGGCGCAGUCAUCGCCCAAGUAGCCGUCACCGGUGGGCCGAUGGGCCUCACGGGGGAAUACCUAGACUGGACAGAUGAUCGAUUGAAGGCUGUCAGCGUUUAGAGGGGAGGUGGUGCCUAAUGUGGCGCCGCUCACGCGCCACAACCCACGAGGGAUAUACAAUUGGCCAAGCACGAUGCAAUUUAGUAACUGUGCAGUGAGAGGAGGGCUGGCGCAUCAUUGACCGCAUACAACCGCCUUGCAUAAUCUCCAAUGGUCUAGUGUGCUGCGACGAAGCCGAUAAGAAUAAUGCAAUUCUCAGUCUAGAUACAAAGUCACCGGGGAACUCUCGGUACC